CGGUGCAGUGUGGGAACCCGGGGAGCCCCAGUAACGGCCGUGUGUACAGGCUGGACGGCACCACCUACUCUCACUCGGUCACCUACUCCUGUAUGGACGGCUACCUGCUGACUGGCUCCACCACCCGCCAGUGUCUGGCCAAUGCCACUUGGUCUGGCACUGCACCCAACUGCACCAGUAAGUCCUCAUAAACCUACCUCACUGCACCCAACUGCACCAGUAAGUCCUCAUAAACCCACCUCACUGCACCCAACUGCACCAGUAAGUCCUCAUAAACCCACCUCUCUGCACCCAACUGCACCAGUAAGUCCUCAUAAACCCACCUCACUGCACCCAACUGCACCAGUAAGUCCUCAUAAACCCACCUCACUGCACCCAACUGCACCAGUAAGUCCUCAUAAACCCACCUCUCUGCACCCAAAUGCACCAGUAAGUCCUCAUAAACACACCUCACUGCACCCAACUGCACCAGUAAGUCCUCAUAAACCCACCUCACUGCACCCAACUGCACCAGUAAGUCCUCAUAAACCCACCUCACUGCACCCAACUGCACCAGUAAGUCCUCAUAAACCCACCUCACUGCACCCAACUGCACAAUUAUGUGGGAUCAGGAACCUAUCCCCUUUUUAGUGUCAUAAAGCAUGUCAGAGUAAGAGUGCUGAUCUGGGAUCAGAUCCUGCACCAGUCCAUGUCAUCUUAUUCAUUAUGGACUGAAAGGCCUGAGACAUUCUAGGACUAAGGGCACUGGACUUUUUUUUGUACACACAUUUUGAAAAAGCUUAAAACUUACCCGGUGUGCUUAUUAACAGGGCUGUGUGAAAAAUCCUACUGAUAACGGCACAAUCAUUUUUGGGAGAUUUCAAUAUAUAUAGACAGUAGAUAUGACUUAGAUAAAUGUACACAGAUGUAUUUCUAUGUUUGAUUGUGAUCAUUAAUUUUAAUAUAUUUUUCUCUUCAAUUACCUAUUUUGAUCAGGUCAUAUCAUAGAUAGGGGAUAGGGUAAAUUAAUGGACUGAGGCUUAAGACAGAGUUGCAUCCCAAAUGGCACCCUAUUCCCUAUGUAGUGCACUACUUUUCACCAAAGCCCUAUGGACCCUAGUCAAAGGUAGUACACUAUAUAGGGAAAAGGUUGUCAUUUGGAAACCAAAAUCUUGCAUCCUCUCCUCAUGACAUUUCAACAUGCUGCUUCUCUCAUCUAGGAAGGGUGGGCUGGUUUUAAUUGGACUUGUCCAGGCGGCUGAGUCUGAGAGAGGGAUCGAAGUGGGGAGGCUCUUUAAGGUAGCCUGUGGGUUAGGGAUUGAGACAGAGAGAGGAGGGGGUCACACACAGACACCCACACACACACAGUGACUUGGGGGUUGAGAGAGAGGAGAGGUCAGAAGAGCCCUGUGCCCCUGCUCCAGCAAGAUAAGGAAAUCAAUCCCUCUGUGUUUCCGUUACCUGGUGUAUAUUACCAUACCCUCCUCAGCUCUUCCCUCUUCUUCAGAUCCUCCUCGUCGAGUAGACAACACCAGGGAGUCGAUGUGAUUUAAAUCCAGGCUCAGGGGGGAGAGAGAGAGAGAGAGAGAGAGAGAGAGAGCAAGAGAGAGAGCGAGAGAGAGAGCGAGAGCAGAGAGAGAGAGAGAGACGAGAGAAUGAGAGCAAGAGCGAGAGAGAGGUGAGUGAAAGAAAGAGAGGAGAGAAAGUGGAGAAAUCGAGAGGGGAGAAGUAGAAGCCAGAGAGAGAGUAGAAGAUAGAGAGACUACUAGCUAAGCUCGCAUCUCUCUACGCUCCAUAUAUCUCAUAUUAUAGCGAUCGAGCGAGAGAUCGCGACCUACGCGCUCGCCCUCUCUCUCGUCUCUCUCUCGCCCUCUCUCUACUACCUCCGCUCUCUCUCUCUCUCCUAUCUCUCUCUCCUUCUUCCUCACUUACUUCUUCUAACUUCAGGUAGAUAAUUCCUCUACCUCUCCUGGUGUUUCAGAUUCAGUUAAUUCAGAAAUGGAUUACCAGAUCUACAGUGAGGGAAAAUAGUAUUUGAUCCCCUGCUGAUUUUGUACGUUUGCCCACUGACAAAUAAUUUAUCAGUCUAUAAUUUUAAUGGUAGGUUUAUUUGAACAAUGAGAGACAGAAUAACAACAAAAAAAUCCAGAAAAACGCAUGUCAAAAAUGUUAUAAAUUGAUUUGCUUUUUAAUGAGGGAAAUAAGUAUUUGACCCCCUCUCAAUCAGAAAGAUUUCUGGCUCCCAGGUGUCUUUUAUACAGGUAACAAACUGAGAUUAGGAGCACACUCUUAAAGGGAGUGCUCCUAAUAACAGCUUGUUACCUGUAUAAAAGACACCUGUCCACACAAGCAAUCAAUCAAUCAGAUUCCAAACUCUCCACCAUGGCAAAGACCAAAGAGCUCUCCAAGGAUGUCAGGGACAAGAUUGUAGACCUACACAAGGCUGGAAUGGGCUACAAGACCAUCGCCAAGCAGCUUGGUGAGAAGGUGACAACAGUUGCUGCGAUUAUUCGCAAAUGGAAGAAACACAAAAGAACUGUCAAUCUCCCUCGGCCUGGGGCUCCAUGCAAGAUCUCACCUCGUGGAGUUGCAAUGAUCAUGAGAACGGUAAGGAAUCAGCCCAGAACUACACAGGAGGAUCUUGUCAAUGAUCUCAAGGCAGCUGGGACCAUAGUCACCAAGAAAACAAUUGGUAACACACUAUGCCGUGAAGGACUGAAAUCCUGCAGCGCCCGCAAGGUCCCCCUGCUCAAGAAAGCACAUAUACAUGCCCAUCUGAAGUUUGCCAAUGAACAUCUGAAUGAUUCAGAGGAGAACUGGAUGAAAGUGUUGUGGUCAGAUGAGACCAAAAUGGAGCUCUUUGGCAUCAACUCAACUCGCCGUGUUUGGAGGAGGAGGAAUGCUGCCUAUGACCCCAAGAACACCAUCCCCACCGUCAAACAUGGAGGUGGAAACAUUAUGCUUUGGGGGUGUUUUUCUGCUAACUUCACCGCAUCAAAGGGACAAUGGACGGGGCCAUGUACCGUCAAAUCUUGGGUGAGAACCUCCUUCCCUCAGCCAGGGCAUUGAAAAUGGGUCGUGGAUGGGUAUUCCAGCAUGACAAUGUCCCAAAACACACGGCCAAAGCAACAAAGGAGUGGCUCAAGAAGAAGCACAUUAAGGUCCUGGAGUGGCCUAGCCAGUCUCCAGACCUUAAUCCCAUAGGAAAUCUGUGGAGGGAGCUGAAGGUUCAAGUUGCCAAACGUCAGCCUCGAAACCUUAAUGACUUGGAGAAGAUCUGCAAAGAGGAGUGGGACAAAAUGCCUCCUGAGAUGUGUGCAAACCUGGUGGCCAACUACAAAAAACGUCUGACCUCUGUGAUUGCCAACAAGGGUUUUGCCACCAAGUACUAAGUCAUGUUUUGCAGAGGGGUCAAAUACUUAUUUCCCUCAUUAAAAUGCAAAUCAAUUGAUAACAUUUUUGACAUGUGUUUUUCUGGAUUUAUAGACAGAUCAUUUCUUUGUCAGUGGGCAAAUGUACAAAAUCAGCAGGGGAUCAAAAACUUUUUCCCUCACUGUAUGAACUACUGCCUGUCUGUCUGUCUCCAUAUCACCACUAGACAUAUAGACCAUACUGGUUCCUCCAGGCCAGGUUCAUUGCCUUUGAUCGUAUGCCUCUUAGUGCCCAUAUAUGCUUAAACUAGCAGAAUGCUUUGCCUACAGCGUUUUUUUUUUACCGGGCCUGUUUUUAUCUUUACAUUGCUCUCUUUCAUAGAGACCUUGGUUUGCGUCCCAAAAUGGCACCCUAUUUCAUAUAUAGUCUUAGGGCUUUGAUCAAAAGUAGUGCGCUAUAUAGGGACUAGGGUGUCAUUUUGGGACGCAUUCCUUGCCUGUGGCAUGUUAAACUAGGAAUGAUUGAUGUGUCUUUACAUGUGUUUAUUGAGCAGGCUGAGAAGGGUGACGCAUGGUUGCAAUCCGGGGGUGGAGUCAUAUUAGCUCCGAUGAUUGAUUCUGAAGCAUCAUUCACACGUUUUUCCGCAAAAGACACAAAAUGUAUGGCAAACGUGAUUCCGGAAUUGAUACAUAAAUCAAUAGGGGGAAACUUUUUUCAAAAAUGAAAAAUAAAUAUGUAAAGUACUUUUGGGGUUUGUUGUUGUCAGCCACGGGGAUCACAGAACUACUAAUGUGUUUCUUUUACCUUUUCAUCUGAAUUCCCAGGUAAAAGGUAAAAGACUCUGUAAACAUGCAUCGUUCUAUUUUCUGCUCUCUGCUUUCCUCCCUAUAUUCCGCUCCUGUUUGUUCAUCCAUAGAACAGAAGGGAGUGAUAGUUGUAAAAGAUCGACAGAAUUGAUUAUGGAAGUUAAACUCAGGAGACCCCCGUAUGAGAACACAGCUUCCCCUGCUUACAGCUAUUGAUUUUCCCCCGUGAUAGUGAGAUCUAUCAUUGUGAAUAAAAGAGGCGAGGUGGUAUCUCCUCAGUGGAGAUAUCUGUUGCUGGCUGCAUAAAUGGGUCAUUUCAGAUGAUUUGUGGAUUAGGUUUCCCGCCAAUUGUUUUCACAGCCCAAUACAUAUCUCACACCGGACCCACAAUGGGGCCUAAAUCGCACUUCGACAGCCGUCAUAGAUUUCACCAUCUAUAGCACAAAAGAGCCAGAAAACAUAAUGGUUUGUUACAGAGUAAAGUGUCGGACUGGGUAUGUGUUGUCUUUGUUAUGUGUUUGUUUGCCGCAACCAAGUACUCUGUGUCACUGAGUCACUCUUUUGUCCCCUUCCUUCCUUCCUUCCUUCCUUCCUUCCUUCCUUCCUUCCUUCCUUCCUUCCUUCCUUCCUUCCUUCCUUCCUUCCUUCCUUCCUUCCUUCCUUCCUUCCUUCCUUCCUUCCUUCCUUCCUUCCUUCCUUCCUUCCUUCCUUCCUUCCUUCCUUCCUUUCUUUCUUUCUUUCCAUCACAGUGAUCAAUUGUGGCGACCCUGGGGUUCCAGCCAAUGGGAUGAGGUAUGGAGAGGACUUUGCUAUUGGUCAGAACAUCACCUUCCUGUGUGCACCGGGAUACACCAUGGAGGCCGAUAGCUCGCCCGUACGCACCUGCACCUCCAACGGUACCUGGAGUGGCAUCAUGGCAUCCUGCAAAGGUGAGGCCUAGCAACACAUGUGUAGCAUGAUGUACUUCAUUACCCAUAAUGCUCUGUGGAACAUAUCUUAAUAACAUUCUGGCAUCAUGACAUCCAUGACACUCAGGCUAUGCCUGAAAUUGUACCCACUUCACUUUAGAGGGUACUACUUUUGGCCAGAACCCUAUGAGCCUUUGGUUCGUUUCUCUUACUACUUCAAUUUGAGUGUUGGAAUAUAUGUAUCUACACCUUAGAAUAUAGUUCAAUGAUGCCCAGUCUCAGGGAGUAACUAAUCAAGGUUGGCAUUGUCCCUUUUCUCUAUUGAAACCAGAGUUUCAAUACAGAUUGUUAAAGCUUAUUCACAGUAACAUAAACACCUGCUGGUUCCAUUCAAACACUGGUUGCCUGAGCAACAGUAGCCCAGAUGUCAUUAUGUCCUGUUCAAAUUCAGGAUAGCAUUGUGCUUUGGUUUGUUAUUGUAAUAUCCUGUCUUGUUGUUAUUGUUGUUGUUGACACUAUAGGCCAGGCAGAAAAGGUUUCUCUUCUUCAUAAAAAGCUUUCUCAACUUGCAUAAAAUGCUGCUUCGUAUUACCAUUAUCUUUGACAAAUUACAAUCAACACAGAUAUCUCCAUCCAUUUGUACAGGUUAUAGUUUAAUCUCUUGGCUCUGUGAGAGUGUGUGUUGUGCAUACAGAUGUAAUAGCUGCAGAGUGAUAUCUUGUUGCAGUACAUUCUUAUGAUGCACAGUUGGAUCUAUGAAUAUGGAUGUUAAAAGGUUGUGUGUGUGUGUGUGUGUGUGUGUGUGUGUGUGUGUGUGUGUGUGUGUGUGUGUGUGUGUGUGUGUGUGUGUGUGUGUGUGUGUGUGUGUGUGUGUGUGUGUGUGUGUGUGUGUGUGUGUGUGUGUGUGUGUGUGAGUGCGGUGUGUGGUGUGUGUGCGUCUUUACGUGUACUGUAUAAGUAUGUGAGAAUAUCUGUGUUCUAUACCUGUGAAAUGCAGGAGCUGUCACAGCAGCUGUGAAACCACUGCAUAAACACAUUAUUCAUUAGCUUAGUACAAGGCAAGCUGGUCUGCUCUCAAUGGACGGCCCACCAAGCAUGUCCAAUACUAAUUCAGAAUAUUAAUACAACAUUUGGGAAUUUUUUACAUGUUUAUUACCUUUAUUACCGGAGCACAGAGAUGACAAUAAGAGUAGCCAAUCAUAAAAAAGCUCCAUUGAGCUGGACAAAUGUGUUUGUUUAUAUAGUCAAUAAUAAUUGACACCCCUGCCCAGCACCCACCAAGCAUAGUCGCUAAUCUACAAACACUGAGAUUUCCCCCCUUCAAAAUAGAAUCCUAAUUCUCCUGGAUUACCCCUCUCUGAACUCUGCAUAUCCCCCUCGUGAUGUUUCUGCCAAACGCCUACCUACAGUGAUGUUUCCGCCCAAACGCCUACCUACAGUGCUGUUUCUGUUAUCCAGUGAGAGGAGUAUCCAUGGUGCACUAUUUUGGAAAUCUUACUGCUAUUCGGUGAGAGGAGUGUGUUUAUCGUACAGUCUGCUGGAAAAUAUAUUUCUGCCCACAGUGUUCUGGAAAGCCCUAUCUGCUGUUACUCUAAUUAAGUGAGAGGAGGAGAGUGUUUGGCAGAACUCAGUGUGAAUAACAGACCAGAGAGAGAGACUCACUCUACAGAGUGCAACAUGAGUCAUCCAGCCUAGCCCUCUCACCCACUCGAGCGUGGCGUAGGCUGGGGCGCAACGAGACUCCCAGGCAGCUCUCAGACAAACAAACAGUCCCUUUGACUCUCUCUGCCUCCCUGACGUCGCCCCCCCCCCCCCCCCCCAACACUUUCAUGUUUGUUUAGACAGUCAUUGGCUGCACCCCAAAUGGCACACUAUUCCCUAUAUAGUGCACUACGUAGCUAUUUGGGAUACAGUCAUCAUGACACCCGGAGGCUAGUGCUCUGAGAGAAAGACAUUAGUUCUGUUUCAGUUAGACAGCUGGUAUUAAAUGUCCACUAAGGGUGAGACUAUAUAACUAUAGUACAUGGUUAUGCUUGGCAAAGCCACAAAUAUUCCUUAGGCCUAAUUUUUUUGUUGUUGUUGUUGAGAAUGUGUGUUGUUUUAGUUGUUAGCCCAGCUGUGGCCCUUUUCCAAAGGUUUCUUGUUUGUUCGCUGUUUGCUUUUAUGCCAUGAAUGGUAAAGUAUGAUUCAUGCCUAAUUGAUUAAUGAUAUUCCUUACAGGGAUAACGAGGGUUAAGUAAGAGAGUAAUUCAGCAUUAACUACAGUAUUACUCAGAAAGUAAACUCCCUCUCCCCUGUGCCUUUCUGUCCUCCAUCCUCUCUCCCCCUGUCCUCUCUCCAACUACACCCACCCUCUUCCCUCUUUCUCACCCCUCUCUCCCUCUCCUCUCCCCCAUAGCGGUGACCUGCGCGGCACCCUCUGUCAUCUCCAAUGGGGUCCUGGAGGGUACAGACUUUGAGUGGGGCACUAGCGUGAGCUACAGCUGCUCCCCCGGGUAUGAGCUGUCCUUCCCUGCCAUCCUCACCUGCGUGGGCAACGGCACCUGGAACGGAAUGGUGCCUCAGUGCCUACGUGAGUAGCACGCACCUCUCCUCUUCUCUCCUGUUCUUUUGUUUUCUGUUGUUUUGUGCUCCUCUCUCUCUCUCUCUCGCUCUCUCUCUCUCGCUCUCUCUCUCUUGCUCUCUCUCGCUCUCGCUCGCUCUCUCUCUCGCUCUCUCUCUCGCUCUCUCUCUCGCUCUCUCUCUCGCUCUCUCUCUCGCUCUCUCUCUCGCUCUCUCUCUCGCUCUCUCUCUCGCUCUCUCUCGCUCUCUCUCUCGCUCUCUCUCGCUCUCUCUCUCUUGCUCUCUCUCGCUCUCUCUCUCGCUCUCUCGCUCUCUCUCUCUCGCUCUCUCUCUCUUGCUCUCUCUCGCUCUCUCUCUCGCUCUCUCUCGCUCUCUCUCGCUCUCUCUCUCGCUCUCUCUCUCGCUCUCUCUCUCGCUCUCUCUCUCCCUCUCGUGUUGUUUUCCACUCCUUCGCAUAUCGAUGCAACUUCACACUCUCUGCAGUAGUACUAACACUCAGUGUACCUGUGAAAUUGACAUUUUGUCGCAUUCUUCAUGUACUUGUUUCCUUGUUCCAGUUUGAAAAAUAUGUCCACGGUAUCUAUAGUUUUAUGACUCCAUAGAUAGUCAGUGACUUUUGGUGGUGAUUUGAUUUUAAAACCAAUUGCCUAAUCUUUAUUAGAAAAGGUUAGAAAAAAGGGUAGCACUUUAGAUUACAGUGCUGAAAUAACAGGGUAAAAACAGGGAAAUAACAGCAAACAACAGGGAAAUAACACGGUAACAACAGGGUACAAACGUGGUAAUAACCCAUUCAUAGUUAGUAUAUAGCUGCUAAAUAACGAUGUAAAAUGUGCCAAAACGAUAUAGUAUGAAGACUUUUACUGGUUGUUAUGUAGAAAUAAUUAUUCAUUACAUUAUUAAGAACUAUAAAUAGCGGGUAAUAAGCACAAACUAUGUAGUAAGUAUUCAAGGCUAUGUCACCUUUUCUCAGCAGAUACAUACAAACUAUGAACAGUUUAUUACCGUGUUGUUAUCUUGUCGUUUCCUGCUAAUUGCCUGUCGUUUCCUGUUAAUUCCCAGUCGUUUCCUGUUAAUUCCCUGUCGUUUCCUGUUAAUUCGCUGUCGUUACCGUGUUAAUUCCCUGUCGUUACCGUGUUAAUUCCCUGUCGUUACGUGUUAAUUCCCUAUCGUUACGUGUUAAUUCCCUGUCGUUACCGUGUUAAUUCCCUAUCGUUAUGUGUUAAUUCCCUGUCGUUACCGUGUUAAUUCCCUGUCGUUACCGUGUUAAUUCCCUGUCGUUACCGUGUUAAUUCCCUGUCGUUACCGUGUUAAUUCCCUAUCGUUACCGUGUUAAUUCCCUGUCGUUACCGUGUUAAUUCCCUAUCGUUACCGUGUUAAUUCCCUAUCGUUACCGUGUUAAUUCCCUGUCGUUUCUUGUUAUUUCCCUGUUGUUGCUGUGUUAUUUUCCUGUUAACGCGUUAUUUCCUUCUUGUUAACGCGUUAUUUCCCUGUUGUCUCCUGUUAUUUCCCUUUUGUUACCUUGUUCUUUCCCUGUUGUUUCCUGUUAUUUCCCUUUUAUUACUGUGUUGUUACCUUGUCGUUUCCUGUUAUUUCGCUGUCGCUACCGUGUUAAUUCCCUGUUGUUACCGUGUUAUUUCUCUGUCGUACCACGUUAUUUCCCUGUUGAUACCGUGUUAUUUCCCUGUCGUUUCCUGUUAUUUCCCGGUUGUUACCGUGUUAUUUCCCUGUUGUUUCUGUGUUACUUCUCUCUUGUUUCUUGUUAUUUCCAUGUUGUUACCAUGUUAUUUUCCUGUUGUUACAUAUUCUUUCCCUGUUGUUUCCUGUUAUUUCCCUUUUGUUACCGUGUUCUUUCCAUGUUGUUUCCUGUUAUUUCCCUUUUGUUACCGUGUUAAUUCCCUGUUGUUACCAUGUUAUUUCCCUGUCGUUACCGUGUUAUUUCCUUGUCGUUAUUUCACCUUUUCUCAGCAGAUACAUACAAACUAUGAACAGUUUAUUACAGUGUUGUUACAUUGUAAUUUCCUGUUAUUUCCCUGUCAUUACCGUGUUAUUUCGCUGUUGUUACCAUGUUAAUUUCCUGUCAUUACCGUGUUAAUUCCCUGUCGUUACCGUGUUGAUUCCGUCAUUACCAUGUUAAUUCCCUGUCGUUACCGUGUUAUUUCCCUGUUGUUACUGUGUUAUUUCCCUGUAAUUUCCUGUUAUUUCCCUGUUGGUGCCGUGUUAUUUCCCUGUUACCAUGUUAUUUCCUUAUUGUUACAGUGUUAUUUCCCUGUUGUUUCCUGUUAUUUCCCUGUUACCGUGUUAUUUCCGGGUUGUUACUGUGUUAUUUCCCUCUUGUUUCUUAUUUUCCUGUUGUUACCAUGUUAUUUCCCUGUUGUUACUGUGUUAUUUCCCUGUUGUUGCUAUGUUAUUUCCCUUUUGUUACCGUGUUCUUUCCCUGUCGUUACCAUGUUAAUUCCCUGUUGUUACUGUGUGUAUUCCCUGUCGUUACCAUGUUAUUUCCCUCUUGUUACCGUGUUAUUUCCUUGUCGUUAUUUCACCGUUUCUAAGCAGAUACAUAAACUAUGAACAGUUUAUUACCGUGUUGUUAAAUUGUCAUUUCCUGUUAUUUCCUGUUAUUUCCCUGUCAUUACCGUGUUAUUUCGCUGUUGUUACCAUGUUAAUUCCCUGUCAUUACCGUGUUAAUUCCCUGUCAUUACCGUGUUGAUUCCGUCAUUACGUGUUAAUUCCCUGUCGUUACCGUGUUAUUUCCCUGUUGUUUCCUGUUAUUUCCCUGUUAUUACUGUUAUUUCCCUGUUGGUGCCGUGUUAUUUCCCUGUUACCAUGUUAUUUCCUUAUUGUUACAGUGUUAUUUCCCUGUUGUUUCCUGUUAUUUCCCUAUUACCGUGUUAUUUCCCGGUUGUUACUGUGUUAUUUCUCUCUUGUUACUGUGUUAUUUCCCUCUUGUUUCUUGUUAUUUUCCUGUUGUUACAGUUUUAUUUCCCUGUUGUUUCCUGUUAUUUACCUUUUGUUACGUUCUUUCCCUGUCAUUACCAUGUUAAUUCCCUGUCGUUACUGUGUGAAUUCCCUGUCGUUACUAUGUUAUUUCCCUGUAAUUUCCUGUAAUUUCCCUGUUAUUACUGUGUUAUUUCCUUGUCGUUAUUUCACCUUUUCUAAGCAGAUACAUACAAAUUAUGAACAGUUUAUUACCGUGUUGUUACAUUGUCAUUUCCUGUUAUUUCCCUGUCAUUACCAUGUUAUAUCGCUGUUGUUACCAUGUUAAUGCCCUGUCAUUACCAUGUUAAUUCCCUGUCGUUACGUGUUCUUUCCCUGUUAUUACUGUGUUAUUUCCCUGUAAUUUCCUGUAAUUUCCCUGUUAUUACUGUGUUAUUUCCCUGUUGGUACUGUGUUAUUUCCCUGUUACCAUGUUAUUUCCUUAUUGUUAGUUUUAUUUCCCUGUUGUUUCCUGUUAUUUCCCUGUUACCGUGUUAUUUCCCUCUUGUUUCUUGAUAUUUCCCUGUUACUGUGUUAUUUCCCUGUUUUUUCUUGUUAUUUCUAUCUUAUUACCGUGUUAUUUCCCUGUCAUUACUAUGUUAUUUCGCUGUCGUUACCAUGUAAUUCCCUGUCAUUACCGUGUUGAUUCCCUGUCGUUACCGUGUUAAUUCCCUGUAAUUUCCUGUAAUUUCCCUGUUAUUACUGUGUUAUUUCCCUGUUACCAUAUUAUUUCCUUAUUGUUACCGUGUUAUUUCCCUGUUACCGUGUUAUUUCCUGGUUGUUACUGUGUUAUUUCUCUCUUGUUACUGUGUUAUUUCCCUCUUGUUAUUUUCCUGUUGUUACCGUGUUAUUUCUCAGUUGUUGCCAUGUUAUUUCCUUAUUGUUAGUUUUAUUUCCCUGUUUCCUGUUAUUUCCCUGUUACCGUGUUAUUUCCUGGUUGUUACUGUGUUAUUUCCCUCUUGUUUCUUGAUAUUUCCCUGUUACCGUGUUAUUUCCCUGUUGUUAAAGUGUUAUUUCCUUCUUGUUACUGUGUUAUUUCCCUGUUGUUACCGUGUUAUUUCCCAGUUGUUACGGUGUUAUUUCAAAGUUUUAACCAUGUUCCCUGUUGUUUUUUGUUAUUUCCCUAUUACCCUGUUAUGUCAGCACUGCAUACUAAAGUGCUACUGAAAAAGGUUAUGUGUCUUUUGUGGGUUAUAGUUCUGUUUUUCAGUUCAAGCAGGUGAUCUUGGUAUCCGACACUGCAGUUGAAACAAAUGGCUUCAGAAUGAAUGCUACACUGUCACCUUGCUCUCCACUGUGGAGGAACAAAAAAAAAUCUCAAGGUUCUUGGUGUCAUUGGUUGGUUGAUUGACAGCUGAGUUAGAGGAGGAAGCGGCCAUUCAUAAGGCCCUUGGUCUGGUCUGACGAUCUUCCCCCUGUUGUAGGGACAUCAGUCACCCGCGAUCGUUUGGGCAUUAAUGCCCCUCGAGUCUCCAUCGCUUUAAUUUGACCCAAAAUGAAGGGGAACAGUGAUGUACUGCAGAUAAGAUGGUAAAUUGAAUUGAAAAGACAAGCAGAGGCCUUCCAUUAAAGGGCAGGUGAUGGGAGGCAGGAGGUGAAAGGCUUCCACCAUGAUGAGCAGCUGUGCCCAAUGACAGACAGGUGGACAGCUGCUGAAUCAUCCCAAAAAGUAUGAGCAAGACAAACACACACACACAGCAAUCACCCUAAUACACAAUCCAAAAUGUCCAACACACACACACACACAACAAUCACCCUAAUACACAAUCCGAAACAUCCAAACACACACACACACACACACACACACACACACAGCAAUCACCCUAAUACACAAUCCAAAACGUCCAAACACACACACACACUAACGCGCACUCACACGGACACACACGGACACACAAACACACACACACAACCACACUUAUACAAUCACAUACACAUGCACACACACAUUCACAGAACUAAAGGGAGAACAAGUCACUCUACAUUAGGUGGUCUAAGACUAAGGUUAUAUAUUUUUGGCAGAUUUUCUCAAACCAAUGCCAUCUCCUUGGAACUCGGCUCCAAAGUUACAAUGUCUGCUGCGUUUACAAUAGCGGAUUUGUGAAAAGCCUUUGUUUAAAAAAGUUUCUGUCUUGCUGAGACAAGGCUUCAGUCCCGUUGUUAGAAGUAAUUAUAAAUAAUACAGUGGAAUUAACUCAGAUGGCACUGUUUUUUUUUCUCUCCACUGCCUUUUUACGACUCAGAAACAUUAGAAGGCAUAUUUGAACAUCAGAGGAUCCAACCAUCUUUCCUACACCUAUUGAGGAUUCUGUCUCUAGCAUACAGCAAGCCAGGGAAUCAUAAUUCACCUAUAAGUUCAUAACUCAGAGACCUUAGAAAGCACAUUUGAACAUCACAGGACCCAACCAUAAAUUCUACACCUGGAGAAUCUUCUAUACAGAAAGACACCCAGGGAAUCAUAAUUCACCCACCCGCCUCCAUGUUUAGUUUACCUACUUGUCUCUCAGCAUCUGCCAUCCUGUCUGUCAGUCUCCGUAUGACAGAGUGAAGAACGGCGGGGAUAAUCAUUAUUAAUCUACACAUAAUUAAUUAGUUCUUAUCUGCCUGCCCCAGUGGGUCAUCAGACAGGGCUUCAAACGAGAGUGGGUGAAGGGGAGGAGGGGUGGAGGGGAGGAGGGCUGGAGGGGUGGAGGGGGUGAAGGGGAGGAGGGUGUAGAGGGUAGGAGGGCUGGAGGGCUGGAGGGGGGGGAAGGGGAGGAGGGUGUAGAGGGUAGGAGGGCUGGAGGGGAGGAGGGUGUAGAGGGUAGGAGGGCGGGAGGGGAGGAGGGUGGUAGAGGGUAGGAGGGCUGGAGGGCUGGAGGGGGGGAAGGGGAGGAGGGGUGUAGAGGGUAGGAGGGCUGGAGGGGUGGAGGGGUGGAGGGGAGGAGGGUGGUAGAGGGUAGGAGGGCUGGAGGGAUGAAGGGGAGGAGGGUUGUAGAGGGUAGGAGGGCUGGAGGGCUGGAGGGGAGGAGGUUGUAGAGGGUAGGAGGGCUGGAGGGGUGGAGGGUGGAGGGGAGGAGGGGUUGUAGAGGGUAGGAGGGCUGGAGGGUGGGAGGGGAGGAGGGUUGUAGAGGGUAGGAGGGCUGGAGGGGUGGAGGGGAGGAGGGUGUAGAGGGUAGGAGGGCUGGAGGGGUGGAGGGGAGGAGGGUGUAGAGGGUAGGAGGGCUGGAGGGCUGGAGUGGGGGAAGGGGAGGAGGGUGUAGAGGGUAGGAGGGCUGGAGGGUGGAGGGGUGGAGGUGUGGAGGGGAGGAGGGUGUAGAGGGUAGGAGGGCUGGAGGGGUGAAGGGGAGGAGGGUGUAGAGGGUAGGAGGGGUGGAGGGGAGGAGGCUGUAGAGGGUAGGAGGGCUGGAGGGUGGGAGGGGAGGAGGGUGUAGAGGGUAGGAGGGCUGGAGGGUGGAGGGGUGGAGGGGAGGAGGGUGUAGAGGGUAGGAGGGCUGGAGAGGUGGAGGGGAGGAGGGUGUAGAGGGUAGGAGAGCUGGAGGGGUGGAGGGGAGAGCAUGUUAAAAGGUCAGUAAAUCAUCAAGGUAGUUCUAAUACCCCAUCCCCGCCCUUCAGAACACUGGAGCAAUGUGCAGCAGCGGCUAUGGGAAUUAAAUAAAGUAUGGCUGCCUGUGACUUUGUAAACUUGCAGGCAGCACACUUAUUUUUAUUAUCCUCUUCUUCUUCCUCUUCUUCUAUUUCUUCUUCUCUCUCUACAUCUCUGUCUACUCUCUCUGCUCUCUCUCUCUUCCUCUUUCUCUCUUUUUUAUAUCUUGACAGUGUAUCUAUUAUUCAUCAGGAAAAAGUCAAGUUUGUAGUCCUCCCAGUUCCCAGACAGUAAAAGAGGGAGUCUUGCUUGGCACAUUUAUAAUGUAUCAGCCAAGCAUGACGUCAACAUCUAUUAUUGAUUCUUCCUGGACAGACCAAGUGUUUGCUGGACAGCCACAGAUGGUCAGCACUCAAUGACCGCUUUGAGCCCUUUGAGGGUUGAUGUUAUUCAUGUCUGUCUGGUCUGUAAGACUCCAUCUUCUUCUCCCAUGGUGCCUCCCAGGAUCGCAGAUACAAAGAGAUACUGUGGCAGGAGGAGUUAAAUAAAACCCGCACAGGGGCAAAACCCAGUGACUUUACUCUUGUGUGGGUAUUUUGACGUUUCUAAUUUGAUCUGGUCUGAUUUCCGCUCUCUUCUUGCUAAAGUUCAAUCAAAACCGCACUGGGGGGAAACCCGGUAACAUUGCUCCUGUGUGUUUUUUGAACGUUUAUUUUGAUCUGCUAUUGUUGAUCUGUUGUUGUAGCCAAGUUCUGUGGGGACCCUGGUGUGCCUUCCUAUGGCUCCAGAGAGGGACGCAGCUUCAUCUACCAGUCAGAGGUGUCGUUCAGCUGUAGCGCCCCCUAUAUCCCGGUGGGCUCCACUACACGCAUGUGCCAGUCCGAUGGCUCCUGGAGCGGAUUCCAGCCUCGCUGUAUAGGUAAGCAUCUACUGUGUGUGUGUGUCUGUGUGUGUGUGCCCGUGUCCCACAAAGCGUGAGGGUCACACAGCAUAUAUAACUGGGUGUACAACUGUCCUUUGUGUGAUACUUGGUCCCAAAGCUUCAUUACUCCAUUUCUUUUUUUGUUUUACACAAUAUGUUUUGUAUGCUCAGUGUAUAUACACACUCCUAACCUUUCUGUCCCUCUUGAGAGUACAUCAUCUCUGUUUCCUAUUUCUAGCGUUCUUUGCGUGCCUUAAAGCACAGCUUGUAAAGUAUUUAACUACGUCAAACAACAGGAAUCAAUGUCCUCCCUCUGACACUGGGCCACCCGAGGUAUACCAAGGCUACGUCCCAAAUGGCACAUUAUUCCCCAUAUAGUGCACUACUUUUGACCAGAGCCCUAUGGGCCCUUGUCAAAGUAGUGCACUAUAAUGGGUGCCAUCUGGGACACAGCCCUAACCUCCACACACAUCUCUUAUUGAUAAGUUUAUUCCAGAAAAGGCAGGGUCAUUCCUUUUAGUGCCCUCCGAGGGAAGAGAGUGUGUUGACAGAGGAGAAGAAUGGAGCCUGCCCAGAUAUGAAAUGUGUAAGAAUGGCUGUAGGGGGAUUCAGUUACAUCGCCACCCGAGUGGCGCAGUGGUCUCUGCAUCGCAGUGCUAGCUGUGCCACUAGAGAUCCUGGUUCGAAUCCAGGCUCUGUCAUAGCCGGCUGCGACCGGGAGACCCAUGGGGCGGCACACAAUUGGCCCAGCGUCGUCCAGGGUAGGGGAGGGAAUGGCCGGCAGGGAUGUAGCUCAGUUGGUAGAGCAUGGUGUUUGCAACACCAGGGUUGUGGGUUUGAUUCCCAUGGGGGGCCAGUCUGAAAUAAAUAAAUAAUGUAUGCACUCAGCUCUGGAUAAGAGCGUCUGCUAAAUUACGUAAAUGUAAUCAGGGGCACUCACUACUGACAUUCUACUGGCCCUAGCCUUCAGAGCUGGCUGAUACCAUUGUCUAGUUUCAGUGCUAGCUGUAGCAUAUAUUCGUAUAAAUCUUUUUCCCAAAAGGGUUCUAUGUGGAGGGAUAGGGUUCUACAGAGAACCAUUUUUGAUCUGAAGAACCCUUUCUGGAAGACAAGGGUUCUUUGAAAGGAAAAGGGUUCUACCUAUAAUUUUUUUAUAACUGUUUUUGGAAGAAAGGGUUCUUUGAUGAUUCUUUGGAAGGCAAGAAGGGUUCUUUGGAAGGCAAGAAGGGUUCUACAUAGAGCCAUAUAUCAUAUUUCCCAGCAUGCUCUAUUGCAGGGUGAUUUUCAGAAUUGUUUGUUUUAAUAUCCGUAUUUCUGCAUGUACAGUGAGCUCCAAAAGUAUUGGGACAGUGACACAUUUUUGGUUGUUUUGGUUCUUUACUCCAGCACUUCGGAUUUGAAAUGAUACAAUGACUACGAGGUGAAAGUGCAGACUGUCAGCUUUAAUUUGAGGGUAUUUUCAUCCAUAUUGGAUAAACCGUUUAGAAAUUACAGCACUUUUUCUACAUAGUCCCCCAUUUUAGGGGACCAAAAGUAUUUGGAAAAAUUCACUUAUAUGCGUAUUCAAGUAGUAAAAAGUUAAGUAUUUGGUCCCAUAUGCAUAGCGCGCAAUGACUACAUUAAGCUUGUGAAUAAUGAUCUUGAAUAAUGAUGAGUGAGAAAGUGACUCCAAAAUGACACCAUACAUUAUUUACCAUUCAUUUCUAUUGGGUACAAAAUCAUCUGAAACACAACCAAAACAAACAGCAAAUGCAUCCAACAAAUGUGUAGAAUCACAAGCUUGAUGUAGUCAUCGUGUGCUAUGAAUAUGGGACCAAAUACUUAACUUUUUACUACUUUAAUACACAUAUAAGUGAAUUUUUCCCAAUACUUAAAAAAAAUGGAAUAACACAUGGCCUCUCAUGUAUUAUUGCUUAAAUAAGCAUCUGAAUUGUUUGGAUUCAAAAACUGAGUUGUUGACCAAUAGUAUUACUGUAAAGUUAACCUCCAAUCAGAUAUCAGACCUACAGGAUGUAACCUCUGCUUCUCAGAGGUGUGACAAUGGGGGUUGGAGAGAUAAUGAGGCAUUCACUCCCCCUUAACGUCACACCCCCUUCUCAAAAUAUCUCAGAUCCCUUUGAAGUGAGUAACUCAGCUUACUCCCUGUGAUGACUCACAGUGUGAUGGUGGGUAUUGAUCCACAUGCCUUUUAUAGAACCAACCACACAAUCUGGAUAUAUUUAGGGCCAGUCUCCCAGACACCUUUUAAGUCUAGGACUAGGCUUAAUCUGUAUGUUCAGUUGAAAUAUUCCAUUGAAAUUGCUUUUAGCCCAGGGCUAAACUUAAUCUGUAUGUUCAGUUGAAAUCUUCCUUUGAAAUUGGUUUUUAGCCCAGGACUAGGCUUAAUCUGUAUGUUCAGUUGAAAUCUUCCAUUGAAAUUGCUUUUUAGACCAGUACUAGGCUUAAGACUAGCCCGUGGGCUUUGUUGUCACUAGGGUUGCAAAAUUCCGGUAACUUUACCACAAUUACCAGGUUUUUCUAGAAAUGCUAAUUGGAGUAUUCCCGGAUUUCCUGCUUAUUCCAUCCUAUUCCAAAACUUGGGAAUUUUUAGAAAGUUACUAGAAUGUUGCAACCCUAGUUGUCACUCAUAUCAUAUAGUGUAUGUUUGAUGCCCUCCCUUUCCUGGCAUCUUUAACUUACCUGCUGUCUUCAUAUCUGUAAUUAUCUAUCUAGUGUCUGUGAGUCUUCUCCUGAAUCCUUAUCUGAUUAAGCACCUCAUCCAGGUCCCUAAAGGAGACACUCUCCACACAUCAAUAUGACUAACUGAUAAUUGUCUUUAUUUCACUAAUGAAUAUUCAAGUCAUAGGCCCCUUUUGUCACUGAAUUAUAAAACCAUUAGCAACAAGUCAAUUGUUAUCUGUUUAGUACUGGGUAACCGUGUAUUGUACUACACAAAUUAACAUUGAGAGUAGCCUGAGUUUAAAUACAGUAUAGCUCAUUAUGGUGGCUGUAAUUUAUGGCCGCUGGAAGACAUUGAAUUUCUUCUCUAAUUCACCUGUGUGUCAUUGAACACAUAAUAUAGGUGUGAUUGAUUGAUGUGGCCCCACACAGGAACUGGGAAAUGGUACACUCAAAUGUAAACACUGAUAAAUCAUUGAUAUGGGGCGAUAGGUAGUCUAGCGGUUAGACCGUUGGGCCAGUAACCGAAGGUUGCUAGUUCCAAUCCCCGAGCCGACUAGAUAAAAAAAUCUGUCAAUCUGCCCUUGAGCAAGGCACGUAACCCUAAUUGCUCCCAGGUCGCCGUCAAUAAUGGCUGAUCCCUGGCCAUGACCCCACUCUCCGAGGGUGUCUCAGGGGGAGUGGGAUAUGCAAAAAACAUCACACUCUGUACAGGUUAAACAAGACAAAUAUAAGCACCCCCUAUUUGACCUUUGAAAUCAAUGAGCUUCAAUUAUCAGACUGAUUGGCCUACAGAUGUGUCUAUAUGCUGAAAUAUAGAGGGAAAUAUUUUGACUAGUUUUAAACAGCUAACUAGCUGAUCUAAACAUUGUUUGUGACAUGGCUAUGUCAAUUCUGUUGUCAUAUGCUGUUCAUCAGCUGUCAUGACUGUUUAUGUCAUCUGGUAUGACAGUGCUAUGUAGUCCUUAUCACAUCAAAAUAUGGUUAAAGGGGCAAUCCAUUUUGUUAUUGUUUCAAAAUGCAGAUUGCCCCUUUAACUGUUACCAUAUUGAAAAGGCAUUCUUAUGACAUACAGUUACCUUAAGAUCAUCUUGACUGUAAAUGAUAAGGCAUUGACAAAGUAGUCGCAUAUAAUGUUAUCACAUCACAACAUGGAACACAAAUGUACCGAGGCACAGACAUUAUAGGACAAAUACUGUCUUCAUAAAUAUGUAGUAUUCAUGAAAUGUCAUAUAUUCCAAGACGGACCUCUCAGGAUGAUGAGAAUUGCUUGGGAUGAGAUGUUCCUGCUGUGAGUGUGUGGAGUGGAGAGGGAGGGGAGGGGGUUAUUUGUAUGUGUGACUGAGUCUGAGUGUGUGUGUCUGAGUGUGGGAAGGGAGAGAGGGAGGGAGGGGAGAGGGGGAGGCGGUAUUUAUGUAAUUGAACCAAAACAGGUUCUGUGCAGACAGGCCUCGUUUGAUAGGUGCAAACUAUUGUUUUCACUUAAUUAUGUUACGUUCGCACAAUCAUUUCCCAGACUGACUUUCUGUAUGAUUACGUUUUCAUACAGAAGAGAGGAGGCAGAAACGAUAGUGUUAGCUAUGGCACGUUGCUGUGUGGGUUAGCUAGGCAGGCAGUAGUGGUGGUGGCGUGUGCUGCUGUCAUUUUCUGAGGCUGCAUUGAAUCCAGGUCUAUGCGUCAGGCCGAGGAUGUCCUCUACAUCCUAAUGAUGCUGCUUCCCUCCACACAGCCACACAGCUGGGCCCGAUGCUGCUGCAACGCUGAAGUAACACUGCCCCCUACUGGGUCUUCUGCCUAGUAUAUUAAAUUGGUUGUUAUGUUACACUACCACUGCUGCUGAUGCACCUACAGAAACACACUCAAGACAGAUAGAAAUUAAUUUCUCAACCACCUUCAUAAGCACUCACACAGACGUGCACACACACGCAAUCACACAAUGACACACAACUCUGUUUUAGGCUGGGUAUGACUGCAGUAAGCUAUGUUGAAUCAUUAUGGGAACAAUAGCUGUUCCUGUGGCUGUGUUACUGUAUGUGUGUCCCAAAUGACACCCUAUUCCCUCUAUAGUGCAUUACUUUUGACCAGAGUCCUAUGAGCCCUGGUCAAAGUUAGUGCAUUAUAAAGGGAAUAGGGUGUCAUUUGGGACGCAGCCUGUAUGUCUCAAGUCUGCCAUAGUUAAAGGUCUCUAAGAUAAUGUUAUACAAACGUUCUCCUUUCUCUUUUUCUCUCAGAACCGACCCGUACUACCUGUGAGAACCCAGGGACACCUCGCUAUGGUUCUCUGAACAGAACCUAUGGCUUCAAGGUAUUUUAUGAACGCAUACGGGGGUCUUACCUGAGAGAAUGAACCUGAUUCAAACUCAUGGCCUUAUAACAGUCAGAUUGCAUACUGAAGAUAUUUCGGUAAUGUACUGUCUAUGAAUGUGUUAUGUGCUGUCAGUGCUUAAUUUGUAAAUCGGGAGGUCCAGGAACACAUAGUGAGCCCGAGAAAGGGGGUUAUCCGGGGGCUCUGACGUAUCGGAAAAACAUUGAGAAAAAAAGUGUCAAACACAACGUGGCAGCGCAGCAGACAGAGUAAACAGCCAAGUAGCCUACUAUCUAUGGUGGUGAAACGGACAGCACUCUCCAAGGUGCUGAUUAAUUCAAAGUAUUUUAGACGUCACUGCAGUAUGCCUACAUACUUGAGUAUAGCUGUGGGGCUUACACAAGUCCGAAUUUCUUAUAGCCAAAUUUUCUAGACAACAAUGUAGAGCAACAUUCUUAGACGACACUGCAGAACACCCACCAUAUGCAUACAUACAUACAUACAUACAUGCAUACAUACAUACAUACAAACUCAGCUGUGGGGCUUACAAGACCCACAUUUCAUAUAAUUUUCAAGACAUUAAUGUAGCAGUAGAACAAAUAUCACAAUAUCGGAAUAUAACUUAAAAUAAAAUAAAUCAAUGUAGGCUACAGCAGAACACACAUAUGAGAAUAUAUAGGCAUCCUGCCUAUUUGAUUAUAUGAAGCACAUAUUCAGAUUACAUUCACAGUACAGAACAAGUUUGUAAAGAAAAUAAAGUAAGUCCUACCUUAGUUUUCAAAACCUCCCACAUGUCAAGUCGAUUUAAUUCCUGAGAGUCCAUUUCUUGCUCAAAGCCAUGAGCGGGCCUGUGGCUGUGACGUUUAACCUCCUAAGGCUGUUCUGAAGACUCUAGCUGUAGUGUAUUUUUUCAUUUUGUGUGUUAACUAUAACCUGGGUGUCCUCUCUAGCCGUGUCUACAAGGCUGGCUGCCACCAAAUGCCCCUUGGUUCAGGCAUGUUCAAAAACCUUUUUUCUGAGGGCUCUUUGUUUUUGUGUUUUUUUUCUUCAUCUGAGGCAUAGGAUGUUAACUUCCUGUACAUUCCACCCACUCUUUUGCUAGUUUAAUCCCUCCAGUCGUUUCUAGACCCAAGCGCCCUACCUUUUUGCAUGUUGUACAGCCCAACUUUGAAUUCUGCAUGACAAGCCAGGGGUUAUAUGUUUGCUUGUUCUUGAACUGCAAAUUGCACCUGCUCCGAGCACUUCGUCGGUGGAUGCACUGCCCCCCUCCACCCCAGCUCCCCCUCUCCCGCUGAGUCUGACUCGCUAGUAGGCCUACUAGAUAAUAGAGGUGCCGGUGGUGAUGCUGAACUGGCGGGAUUAGCAUUGCUGCUAGCUAACAGUUUGCCCCUCACUCCUCUCCUGCAGCAAUGACAGUUCUCUGGCUCGUUCUGGGUUCGAUUCACCAUCUUUCUCUGGAUUUUUGGACUUGAAAAAUGUAAUCAAACUCGAUUGCCUUUUCUUAUAAAUUUUUUAUUUGGCUUUCCCACGAUUCAAAUUUAGUAGGAAGAUGAUACGGGACUUGAUUACGUAGGGACCUCUUCACUAGCUAACCACCACUACCAAGACCUGUGUCAAAAUCAGUUACUUACAACACCGGGCCUCCCCAUAACCUCUAUGUACAAAUAAGAGAGCAAGUCUGGAAGCAGUGUGGCAGGAUAGGAUGAUUACACAGAAGGAUCACCGCGCUUUUACAUGAUGGUCUUUUUGGGGGGCGUGAGAAAUAACGAGGCCACUUGAUUUAACACUUUUAUUAGAAUGUCUACAGUGCGAACAGUGAAAUAAUUAAUAAAUCAUGCCGCGAGAGGUACCUGAUCCAGCCAAAUAGAUGCUGGAACAAACAAAGUCAAAUCUGAGAGGUGCCGGAUCCUGUUCCGACAGGAUCCGGCUCAAAUUAAGCACUGUGUACUAUAUGAAAUAUGAAUGUGUUGUGAAGUCCUUAAGUAGGUACCCUUCAAAUAAAGUGGUUGCAAUACUUCAAGUCUCUCAUUCACACACCAAGCUCAUGUAGUCUCAUACCUUCUGGACAAAGCCAUAACACUAUAGGUAAAAAAAACAAUAAAUCGUGGCCGAAUGGCAAGACAUUGAUUUAGAGACAAUGCUUUGGCCAGACAAAGUUACAUAAUGUAAUUUUCUCAAGGGGAAGUUUUCCUUGGCUAAUGAUAUGCAAAUGAGGCAAUGAAUAGGUUCAUUACUUAUAUGCAAAUUCCAUCUGGUAUUUGAGUUGUUUAAACUUGAGAUCUCUGCAUGUAUUGUCUGAACAGAGACCAUAAUGACCGUGACAAUAUGAAUGUCAAUGAUGAUGAUGUUAUGUCAAUCAUGGUGAUAAAGAUGGUGAUUGUGGAUAUUUCACAUGAAGCAGAAAUGUUAAUUAAAGAACAAAAAAAGUUAUGAAACACCUUACCGUUUUGUACAUUACUGUUUUAGAAAUAUCAACAGCCAACCAGAAAACAGGAUUGUUGCUGAGAAUAGAAACUCUGUGUUUACAAGGUUUCAUUUUCCUGUGUGUUUUAUUUAUGUGUGUUUGUGUGCGUGUGUGUGUGUGUGUGCAUGCUUCCGUCCAUGCUUCCAUGUGUGUGUGUGCCCGCAUGCAUGUCUCUCUGUGUGUGUGUGUGUGUGUGUGUGUGUGUGUGUGUGUGUGUGUGUGUGUGUGUGUGUGUGUGUGUGUGUGUGUGUGUGUGUGUGUGUGUGUGUGUGUGUGUGUGUGUGUGUGUGUAUGUGUGUGUGUGUGUGUUUCUGACUGUUCUGGAGUCCUAGGGUGUCUACACAGCAUGACCUGCGAACACGAGUAGUCCUGCCUCCGUUUCAUGUCCCUAAUGAGCCUUAAAACGCUACGACUUUCCCCCACCAACAGAGCUGUGUUUACGUUGUUAGGAGCGAUAAACAGGGCAAAACUGUACAGCAAAUCGCAUUGAUUUGUUUGGGAAAAGAGAGACACAUUUGCUGCAUGGCUUGCCUCUAAUUGUGAAUCAAAAAGAAAGUUAGCAAAUAUCAAAUUACAUAAAAGUAAAGCACAGAAUGUAGGCAAAGACAACACAGUGUUCCACUUCUCGCCUGUGGGGCUACUGCAUCAUACACAUUGUAUUAGAUAGAAUACAUCUAUCUAGGACAGACUGUACCAAAUCAUCAAUCUAUUCUAGACGUACAUGUAAACACUAGUGCAUUAUACUGUGUUCAGAGUUACGGUGGUGGGAUAAAUACAUGAUGCAUACAGAGAGUUACUAUUCCACUGUAGAAAUCAACACAAAAACAAUAACACACAGAUGACAGAAGGGAAGGUGAGAGGGGGAUAGUUAUCCCUCCCUGCUAUUUCAGUAGCUCCUCCUCAUUAAGACAAGACAUGGAAAAUAACUCUUUUUGUAGCAUGAAUUAACAUCACAAAUAUUUUCACCAGGGGACAAGGAGGAGGAGGGAGGAGGGGGAGGGAUGGAGGAAGAGGAGGAAGGGGAGGGAGGGAGGAAGAGGAGGAGGGGGACGGAGUGAGGGAGGGAGGAGGAGGGGGGACGGAGGGAGGAUGGGGGGGAGGGAUGGAGGAGGAGAGGGGACGGAGGGAGGAGGGGGACGGAGGGAGGGAGGGGAGGGAGGAGGGAGGAGGAGAGAGAAGGAGGGAGGAGGAGAGAGAGGUAGGAGGAGGAGGACAGGUGAGGGUUCUUGCCCAAAUGCACUGGCAUUAAGAAUUCAAGCCUUAAUGUAAUGUUUGGGGUCAAGUCAUGCCCAGGCUUCAGAGAGAACAAUGACAUAUCAGGCUUUUCACACCCAUUAAUCAUUUGUCUCGUCCUCAGAAUGGGGGGAGGGAGGGAGGGAGGGAGAGAGGGAGGGAGAGAUAUGAGAAAAUGGGGCAAAGGAGUAAGGGAGAGAGAGAGGGUGAUGAGAUUGAGAGGGUAAAGAGAGAGACAGAGGGGAGAAAUAGAGAGCGAGAGAGGGGGGGGAGAAAGAGAGGGAGGGAUAAGAGAGAGAGAGGGAGGAGGAGAAAUAAAGAUUGAGGGAGUAAGGGAGGGAGAAGGAGAGGAGGCCUUGCUGGCUACUGAUAUUGAAGCAGAGUGAAGGAGAUAUUGUAUUCCAGAGAUAAGGCCCUGUGUCUAUUACUCGUCAGACCAUGUUCCAGCGCCGGGGACGACGUGUUAAUCAAUUAAUGUGUGAAGCCACUGUGUCAUUCCAUGACACAUUUUCAUAUUUCACUCCCCUGACUCUGUCACUUGGUUUAAUGUCACACACACAGAGAUGAUCACACACACACAGAGUCGCGCAUGCACAUACACACACACACAUGCAAGCAAAGCAGCGGAAGGCUGAGAGGGCUGAAAAGAGCUGACAAGAGCUUACCUGAUGUGUCGCUCUGUGAAAGGGCAUCAGUGAUCAGUGAUCAGUCUGUGGCAGACAGACAGACAAAGAACGUGUUGGUUUGAUGUAUGCUGUUUAAACAAAACCUUUCACAGGGAUUCAAUAUUUGACAUGUAUGUGUACGUCAGUACACACUGCCUUUGUUUGAUAUCAAAAUCAACAUUGAUAUCAAACUAGCCUUUGAAUGGAAGCACUCCUAUUCCUCUUGAAGCCCAAUGGACUUUUUAAUCGUUAUAAGCAUCUGAGAUUAAUGUGAAUGUAAGAGUGUGAGCUACUCUUUAUGUCAUUGGUACUAUAACCACAUACUGUAGAUCCUAACCUAUUGUAUGUGUGUGUGUGUCCGUGAGUGUGCCCAUGCGUGUGUGUUUUUCUAUAGUUCUGUCCCUAUUGUAAAUGCAGGUGCACUCAGCUGUGUGUCUCUCUCUACUCCAACACAGGUGGGCAGCAUGGUGGCGUUCCAGUGCCACCCGGGUCACCUGCUCCAGGGUUCCACCACCCGGCUGUGUCAGGCUGACCUUACAUGGAGCGGCUCCCAGCCAGAGUGCAUCCGUGAGUCACAUCCCACCACCUACUGUCCCUCUAUGACGCCCAGUCACACCCCCUACUGUCCCUCUAUGACACCCGGUCACACCCCCUACUGUCCCUCUAUGAUGCCCAGUCACACCACCUACUGUCCGUCUAUGAUGCCCAGUCACACCCCCUACUGUCCCUCUAUGACGCCCAGUCACACCCCCUACUGUCCCUCUAUGACGCCCAGUCACACCACCUACUGUCCCUCUAUGACGCCCAUUCACACCCCCUACUGUCCCUCUAUGAUGCCCAGUCACACCCCCUACUGUCCCUCUAUGACGCCCAGUCACACCCCCUACUGUCCCUCUAUGACGCCAAGUCACACCCCCUACUGUCCCUCUAUGACACCCAGUCACACCACCUACUGUCUCUCUAUGACGCCCAGUCACACCACCUACUGUCCCUCGAUGACGCCCAGUCACACCCCCUACUGUCCCUCUAUGACGCCCAGUCACACCCCCUACUGUCCCUCUAUGACGCCCGGUCACACCCCCUACCGUGCCUCUAUGACGCCCAGUCACACCACCUACUGUCCCUCUAUGACGCCCAGUCACACCCACUACUGUCACUCUAUGACGCCCGGUCACACCCCCUACUGUCCCUCUAUGACACCCAGUCACACCCCUUACUGUCCCUCUAAGACGCCCAGUCACACCCCCUACUGUCCCUCAAUGACACCCGGUCACACCCCCAACUGUCCCUCUAUGAUGCCCGGUCACACCCCCUACUGUCCCUCUAUGACACCCGGUCACACCCCCUACUGUCCCUCUAUGACGCCCAGUCACACCCCCUACUGUCCCUCUAUGAUGCCCAGUCACACCACCUACUGUCCCUCUAUGAUGCCCAGUCACACCCCCUACUGUCCCUCUAUGACACCCGGUCACACCCCCUACUGUCCCUCUAUGAUGCCCAGUCACACCACCUACUGUCCCUCUAUGAUGCCCAGUCACACCACCUACUGUCCCUCUAUGAUGCCCAGUCACACCCCCUACUGUCCCUCUAUGAUGCCCAGUCACACCCCCUACUGUCCCUCUAUGACGCCCAGUCACACCCCCUGCUGUCCCUCUAUGAUGCCUAGUCACACCCCCUACUGUCCCUCUAUGACGCCCAGUCACACCCCCUACUGUCCCUCAAUGACACCCGGUAAAACCCCCUACUCUCCCUCAAUGACGCCCUGUCAUCCCCCCUACUGUCCCUCUAUGACGCCCAGUCACACCCCCUACUGUCCCUCUAUGACGCCCAGUCACACCCCCUACUGUCCCUCUAUGACGCCCGGUCACACCCCCUACCGUGCCUCUAUGACGCCCAGUCACACCCCCUACUGUCCCUCUAUGACGCCCGGUCACAUCCCCUACCGUGCCUCUAUGACGCCCAGUCACACCACCUACUGUCCCUCUAUGACGCCCAGUCACACCCACUACUGUCACUCUAUGACGCCCGGUCACACCCCCUACUGUCCCUCUAUGACACCCGGUCACACCCCCUACUGUCCCUCUAUGAUGCCCAGUCACACCCCCUACUGUCCCUCUAUGAUGCCCAGUCACACCACCUAAUGUCCCUCUAUGAUGCCCAGUCACACCCCCUACUGUCCCUCUAUGACACCCGGUCACACCCCCUACUGUCCCUCUAUGAUGCCCAGUCACACCACCUACUGUCCCUCUAUGAUGCCCAGUCACACCACCUACUGUCCCUCUGUGAUGCCCAGUCACACCCCCUACUGUCCCUCUAUGAUGCCCAGUCACACCCCCUACUGUCCCUCUAUGACGCCCAGUCACACCCCCUACUGUCCCUCUAUGACGCCCAGUCACACCACCUACUGUCCCUCUAUGACGCCCAGUCACACCCCCUACUGUCCCUCUAUGAUGCCCAGUCACACCCCCUACUGUCCCUCUAUGACGCCCAGUCACACCCCCUACUGUCCCUCAAUGACACCCGGUAAAACCCCCUACUCUCCCUCAAUGACGCCCUGUCAUCCCCCCUACUGUCCCUCUAUGACGCCCAGUCACACCCCCUACUGUCCCUCUAUGACGCCCAGUCACACCCCCUACUGUCCCUCUAUGACGCCCGGUCACACCCCCUACCGUGCCUCUAUGACGCCAAGUCACACCACCUAUUGUCCCUCUAUGACGCCCAGUCACACCACCUAUUGUCUCUCGAUGACGCCUAGUCACACCCCCUACUGUCCCUCUAUGACGCCCAGUCACACCCACUACUGUCCCUCUAUGACGCCCGGUCACACCCCCUACUGUGCCUCUAUGACGCCCAGUCACACCCUCUACUGUCCCUCUAUGAUGCCCGGUCACACCCCCUACUGUCACUCUAUGACACACAGUCACACCCCCUACUGUCCCCUUAUGACACCCAGUCACACCCCCUACUGUCCCCCUAUGACACCCAGUCACACACCCUACUGUCCCUCUAUGACGCCCAGUCACACCCCCUACUGUCCCUCUAUGAAGCCCAGUCACACCCCUUACUGUCCCUCAAUGACACCCAGUCUCAUCCCCUACAGUCCCUCUGUGACGCCCAGUCACACCCCCUACUGUCCCUCUAUGACGACCAGUCACAACCCCUACUGUCCCCCUAUGACAACCAGUCACACCCCUUACUGUCCCUCAAUGACGCCUAGUCACACCCCCUACUGUCCCUCUAUGACGCCCAGUCACACCCCCUACUGUCCCUCUAUGACACCCAGUCACACCCCCUACUGUGUCUCUAUGACGCCCAGUCACACCCCCUACUGUCCCUCUAUGAUGCCCAGUCACACCCCUUACUGUCCCUCAAUGACACCCAGUCUCAUCCCCUACAGUCCCUCUGUGACGCCCAUUCACACCCCCUACUGUCCCUAUAUGACGCCCAGUCACACCCUCUACUGUCCCUCUAUGACACACAGUCACACCCCCUACUGUCCCUCUAUGACGCCCAGUCACACCCCCUACUCUCCCUCAAUGACGCCCAGUCACUCCCCCUACUGUCCCUCUAUGACACCCAGUCACACCCCCUACUGUCCCUCUAUGACACCCAGUCACACCCCCUACUGUCCCUCUAUGACACCCAGUCACACCCCCUACUGUCCCUCUAUGACACACAGUCACUCCCCCUACUGUCCCUCUAUGACACACAGUCACACCCCCUACUGUCCCUCUUUGACGCCCAGUCACACCCUCUACUGUCCCUCUAUGACACCCAGUCACACCCCCUACUGUCCCUCUAUGACGCCCAGUCACACCCCCUACUCUCCCUCAAUGACGCCCAGUCACACCCCCUACUGUCCCUCUAUGACACCCAGUCACACCCCCUACUGUCCCUCUAUGACACCCAGUCACACCCCCUACUGUCCCUCUAUGACGCCCAGUCACACCCCCUACUGUCCCUCUAUGACGCCCAGUCACACCCUGUACUGUCCCUCAAUGACGCCCAGUCACACCCCCUACUGUCCCUCUAUGACGCCCAGUCACACCCCCUACUGUCCCUCUAUGACACCCAGUCACACCCCCUACUGUCCCUCUAUGAUGCCUAGUCACACCCCCUACUGUCCCUCUAUGACGCCCGGUCACACCCCCUACUGUCCCUCUAUGACGCCCAGUCACACCCCCUACUGUCUAUUACCCUCUAUUAAGAAAAUGACCCUCUAUGUUUCAAAUAAUGUUAAUUCAUUUUCAGUGGCAGUUAUUAAAUAUGACUAUGAAGCUUGGCAGAGUGUGACCCUAUAAUUUAGGGCCCAUUGGGCUCUGACCAAAAGUAGUGCACUAUAUAGGGGAUAGGGUGCCAUUUCGGACACUGCCAUCCACACACUGAUCCAAUUUCAUGCAGAUCGUUAGUCAGCCCCCCUCAGGGUAGUCUUACCCAUUCAGCUACCUCCAUGGGGAUAGGGUGAGGCUGGGUCAGGUGGGGUGAGAUGGUGGGUAAAGAGGGGAUGGUGGUGGUGGUGGUGUCCUUUCUCUCAGUCUCUCUCUCUCUCAGUAUCGGUCUCUCUCUCUGUCUCUCUCUCUCUCUCUUUCUCUCUCAGUUUCGGUCUCUCUCUCUCUCUUUGUCUCUCUCUCUCUCUCUCUCUCUCUCUCUCUCUGUGUCACCUAUCCCAGGGAGGAGAGGAAGGCAGGCCCUGGUCUUAUCUCCCCAUACAGCCGUUCUCCCUCUCUCCACACUUCACCACACACACACACACAUACAGUACACACACACCUCACUCCUGUGUCACACCAUGGCCAAGCACCCACCCCUCCACUUCCCUCCAUGUUCUCGGUCUCUGACCAGUAGACUGAGACUGUGAAAGACUCACUGAGCAAGGUAGGCAUGGAGUACGACAAGCCAGUUGGCAGAACAGGGGUGACUUUACCAACCAAGUCACUGUGUGUGUUGUUGUUAUGUUUCUCACACAGUCACAGCUUCAACGACAGCAUCACUGACUUUCAAGAAUAUAGCACAUAGCAGUAAUAGCAGCAGUAGUAGUAGUAGUAGCAGUAGUAGCAGUAGUAGUAGUAGUAGUAGUAGUAGUAGUAGUAGCAGUAGUAGCAGUAGUAGCAGUAGUAGUAGUAGUAGCAGUAGUAGCAGUAGUAGUAGUAGUAGUAGUAGUAGUAGUAGUAGUAGUAGUAGUAGUAGGAUUAGCAGUAGUAGGAUUAGCAGCAGCAGUAGUAGUAGUAGUAGUAGUAGUAGUAGUAGUAGUAGUAGUAGUAGUAGUAGUAGUAGUAGUAGUAGUAGUAGUAGUAGUAGUAGUAGUAGUAGCAGCAGCAGCAGCAGCAGCAGUAGUUGUCAAAAUAUAAAUAGUAAAGUUAAGUAAAGAUACCCCCAAAAACUACUUAAGUAGUAUUUAAAAGUAUUUUUACUUAAGUACUUUACGCCACUGGGUAGUAGUAUUAGUUAGUAGUAGUAAUAGUAGUGGUAGUGGUAGCAGUAGUAGUAGUAGUAGUAGUAGCAGUUGGAGUAGUAGCAGUUGUAAUAGUAGUAGCAGUAGCAGUUGGAGUUGUAGUAGUAGUAGUAGUAGAAAUGUACAGCCCUGAGGAGCAGUAGUAGUAGUAGUAGUAGUAGUAGUAUGAGGAAGUGGUGUGAAAAUAUGAUUUAUAUACUUUAAGUAAGUAUAGGCCUACUGCAAUGUAGAAAUGAAUGGAUAGCAUGAGAAAAUGUUAUGAAUACGACUAUAAUUUCCAGCCAAAUGGAAGAAGAGCGUGGGUGGUGGUGGCUGCACUCUCUCUCUCUCUCUCUCUCUCUCUCUCUCUCUCCACUGCACGUCUGUCUGCCCAGCCAUAGGAAAAUAGAGUGAACUCCAUUAAACCAGUUUGUUACGAGGCUGACUUAGAGAGCACUGACAGAUGGCUCCCAAUCUAAGCCAACAGAUUGCAGUUCAUUCACUCCAAGCAUCUCCACUCAUAACUACAUUGAACUAUUUUUGUAAUUAGCCUAUAUUCUGCCAAUUGUUUGAUUUUCUGUUUCAAAAUCAUGUGCGAAGAAAUGGCAACACCCAGUGUCACACAAAUGACAUUGAUAUAGUACAAUAUUUCUAGGAUUACUCAUACUGUGUAAUGUAAUAUUCAGUUACUGUUCAUAGUCCUUUUGAUAUUGGAAUUUCAGAAAACGAACACAAAAUAAGUCACCAUAACCUCUAACAAUCUUCCUGUGUUGGACACACAUGCACACACACAGACAUACACAAGCAUUCCACACACAAACAAAAAAGACCCAAAGAUAAAAGAGCAUUGGUCGGUUAGUUUGAGCAUUGCUCCCUUCACAGACCUAAUCCCAGUCCCUUUUGAUCAAAGAUGGAUGAUAGUGGUCCACUGGCUUAGCAGAAUGACUGAGCAUCUCCUACUGUUUGAUCUUCCAUGGGUUGGGGGGGCAGUGACAGGUACACACACACACACACACACUUCUCUCUGUCUCUGUGCAGUCUGCCACAACACAUCAGUGUCUGUCUCACCCUCGAUGGGUUGCUCAACAAAAUUUCGGACCAUCUCUGUAGACUAUGUAGAAUGCAACCAUCCAUCCCUGAAAAAGUAACCAGUCGUAUAGCAGAUGUCUUGAAAGUGCAUAAUGCAUUGUGUUUGGAGUGUUCAUUGUGUUUGGGGGGGGGGGGGUUCUAAGUAGCCAGUGAAUCAGUUCAGUAGUAGUGUAUGCACAUCCAGUCACUUGCAGGUGCAGGAGACAAAAAGUACAGUCAUGACAGAAAGACAGAUACCAGCCAGUGACUCUACAAAACAAUAUAAAAGGAAAAAAAUAAUUCAAUAGAGCUUUGAUGGUGACCCCAGAUGAGAGCAGAUAGUGAGAAGAAUCAUAGCAGUCUGUGAAAAAAGCUCAAUUUUUUAUCCUUUGCCCUCUCUUUCAUUUUUUCUUCCUCUCUCUCUCUGCCCUCUCUCUCUCUUUCUAUCUCUGCCCUCUCUCUCUCUCAUUCUCUUUGUUCCUCCUUUUUUCUCUCCUUCUCUCUCCUUUGUCUCUCUGCCCCCAUCUCUCUCGCGCUCUCUCUCUACCUUUCUCUCUCUCCCCCUCUCUCUAUCUGCCCUUUCUCUCUCUCUCUCUCUCUCUGCCCUCUCUGUCUCUCUCAUUCUCUUUGUUCCUACUUUUUUCUCUUUUUCUCUGUCUCCUUUCUCUCUCUUUCCCCACCUCUCCCACUCGCUCUCUUCUCUUCCCCCCCUCUCCUUCUCCCUCUCUCCCCCCUGUCUUGCCCCCCUCCCAGCCCACUCGUGUAAGCAGCCAGAGAACCCGGCACAUGUGGAGGUAAUGGGGAUGGAUCUACCAGGGUUUGGCUACACCCUCCUCUACUCAUGCCAGACUGGCUUCUUCCUGUCCGGGGGCUCGGAACACCGCAUCUGCAAGUCCGACGGUACCUGGACCGGGAAGAUGCCCAUUUGUCGAGGUACAGGACGACAUGGCCAGUGUGUUUGUUUGUGUGUGUCUGUGUGGCUCCAGGGUGAAGUUCCCCCUAACUUUCUCCCAAUGCUAACCUUAGCCAUUUGUGUGGUGUGCUUGCGUGUGUAGCAUGGCAUAUGCUGAUAUGGGACAGAGGCUCUCUUGUGCCGCAGGUCAUGACUGUAGCUGCAAUAGUACGGAGCACACUUCACACACGUGCAGACACACUCCUCAGCACUGCUGCGUCGCACAGCUGUGCACCUCAGGCCCCAGAGUAAUUACAAACACAAACAGAUGGGAGAGACAUGGAAUGCUGUGGGAGAAGUUCCCACUGUGUCAGGCUGUUCUGCUACCACAGCAGCAUGCGGCAUCUUGUGUUAUUCUAGGUUCUAUCAUGCCACUGGAACAAACAGGAUGAGGCUUCUGGCCUAGUCCCUAUAUAGCGCGGUCACAAUGUAGUCCCUAUAUAGCGCGGUACCCUAGUCCCUAUAUAGCGCGGUACCCUAGUCCCUAUAUAGCGCGGUACCCUAGUCCCUAUAUAGCGCGGUACCCUUGUCCCUAUAUAGCGCGGUACCCUAGUCCCUAUAUAGCGCGGUACCCUAGUCCCUAUAUAGCGCGGUACCCUAGUCCCUAUAUAGCGCAGUACCCUAGUCCCUAUAUAGCGCGGUACCCUAGUCCCUAUAUAGCGCGGUACCCUAGUCCCUAUAUAGUGCGGUACCCUAGUCCCUAUAUAACGCGGUACCCUAGUCCCUAUAUAGCGCGGUACACUAGUCCCUAUAUAGCGCGGUACCCUAGUCCCUAUAUAGCGUGGUACCCUAGUCCCUAUAUAGCGUGGUACCCUAGUCCCUAUAUAGCGCGGUACCCUAGUCCCUAUAUAGCGCGGUACCCUAGUCCCUAUAUAGCGCGGUACCCUAGUCCCUAUAUAGCGUGGUACCCUAGUCCCUAUAUAGCGCGGUACCCUAGUCCCUAUAUAACGCGGUACCCUAGUCCCUAUAUAGCGCGGUACCCUAGUCCCUAUAUAGCGUGGUACCCUAGUCCCUAUAUAGCGCGGUACCCUAGUCCCUAUAUAGCGCGGUACCCUAGUCCCUAUAUAGCGUGGUACCCUAGUCAAUAUAUAACGCGGUACCCUAGUCCCUAUAUAGCGCGGUACCCUAGUCCCUAUAUAACGCGGUACCCUAGUCCCUAUAUAGCGCGGUACCCUAGUCCCUAUAUAGCGCGGUACCCUAGUCCCUAUAUAGCGCGGUACCCUAGUCCCUAUAUAGCGUGGUACCCUAGUCCCCUAUAUAGCGCGGUACCCUAGUCCCUAUAUAGCGUGGUACCCUAGUCCCUAUAUAGCGCGGUACCCUAGUCCCUAUAUAGCGUGGUACCCUAGUCCCUAUAUAGCGCGUACCCUAGUCCCUAUAUAGCGCGGUACCCUAGUCCCUAUAUAACGCAGUACCCUAGUCCCUAUAUAGCGCGGUACCCUAGUCCCUAUAUAGCGUGGUACCCUAGUCCCUAUAUAGCGCGGUACCCUAGUCCCUAUAUAGCGCGGUAACCCUAGUCCCUAUAUAGCGCGGUACCCUAGUCCCUAUAUAGCGCGGUACCCUAGUCCCUAUAUAGCGCGGUACCCUAGUCCCUAUAUAGCGCGGUACCCUAGUCCCUAUAUAGCGCGGUACCCUAGUCCCUAUAUAGCGCGGUACCCUAGUCCCUAUAUAGCGCGGUACCCUAGUCCCUAUAUAGCGCGGUACCCUAGUCCCUAUAUAGCGCGGUACCCUAGUCCCUAUAUAGCGCGGUACCCUAGUCCCUAUAUAACGCGGUACCCUAGUCCCUAUAUAGCGCGGUACCCUAGUCCCUAUAUAACGCGGUACCCUAGUCCCUAUAUAGCGCGGUACCCUAGUCCCUAUAUAGCGCGGUACCCUAGUCCCUAUAUAACGCGGUACCCUAGUCCCUAUAUAACGCGGUACCCUAGUCCCUAUAUAGCGCGGUACCCUAGUCCCUAUAUUGCGCGGUACCCUAGUCCCUAUAUAACGCGGUACCCUAGUCCCUAUAUAGCGCGGUACCCUAGUCCCUAUAUAGCGUGGUACCCUAGUCCCUAUUUAGCGCGGUACCCUAGUCCCUAUAUAGCGCGCUGCUUAUUUUAUUUUUCUCCCAAAUUUCGUGAUAUCCAAUUGUGAUCCAAUUACGAACUUGUCUCAUCACUGCAAAGGUCAAGUCAUGCUUCCUCCGAAACAUGACCCGGCAAACCGCGCUCCUUAACACCCGCCCGCUUAACCCGGAAGCCACCAAUGUGUCGGAGGACACACCGUUCAACUGACGACCAAAGUCAGCCUCCAGGCGCCCAGCCCGCCACAAGGAGUCGCUAGAGCGCGGUGAGCCAAGUUAAGCCCCCCCAGCCAAACCCUCCCCUAAUCCAGACGACGCUGGGCCAAUUGUGCGCCGCCCUAUGGGACUCCCGGUCACGGCCGGUUGUGACACGAACCUGGGUCUGUAGUGACGCCUCAAGCAGACCGCUGCGCUACUCGGGAGGCCCCAUAGCGCGCUACUUUUGACCAAAAGUAGCGCACUAAAUAAGGACUAGAGUGCCAUUGGAGACGCAGGCUCUGUUUCUUGUCCUUGAUGGUCUGGUCGUGUGGCCCUGUGCAGUAGUCCUGUCCCCACCACUGUGACUUACCUUCACUGUCAACUUUAGAGGGCCACUCCCACAUAACGCAUUCUACUGCAUUACCACAUGCAUGCUUAUUUCUGUGUUUCUUACUUUGUACACCUUUGUAUACCUUUUAUUAGCAAUUGUCGUAAGAGAAGAGCUUGUAAGUAAGCAUUUCAUUGUACUGUGUGCACAUCGCUGUAUCACGUGCAUAUGACAAAUAAACUAUGAUUUGAUUAACUAUAACUAGCAGAAGAAUCCAUGCUUGACUUUUACAUUCCAGAACACACCAUAUGAGUUUCAGUUAGGAAUAUUACCCAGAGCCAUACAUUUACAAAUUCUAAAUAUAUGGCUAUGCUAUUACCACACAAUAGAAUUAAGAAUAGAACUCAGGAUUCGCCCUCAAUGAGUUAGUUGCAUUAUCUCUUGAUGUGUGGUCCUGAAGCACAUUAAUACGUUCCACAUGGGGAAGUUGAUGUGAAAUAAUGUGACUAAUGCUGUUUUUGUCUCCCAUCCUCAUAGCCGGGUCCAAACUCUCAGAGAAGCCCAUCAAGCCAGUGGCAGGGACACCCAGUCCCAAGCUGAAUGGUGAGUGCUUGACUGAAACGCUAACACGACACACUCACACACAUCAUUACAGUAGCACACACACACACACACACACACACACACACACACACACACACACACACACACACACACACACACACACACAUGCACACACACACACACACACCAUUACAGUAGCAUCAUCAGAGCAGUGUUCUGAUUCCAUAACAAAAGACUACUCUGACUGUACUGGUCUAAAGUGUACAUGCGGCAGUUAGCAGCGGGUCAGAUCUGCAAUCACAACAGAAUGAAUAUGAACAGCUUAAUUUGGCCUCAACGGCUUCCCUAAUAGCACCUCAGAAGGACUGGGGUCCUUAAUGCAUUCUUGAGUGCCCCUUUUGAGGGACGAGACGUUAAUGAAGAAUGGAGAGAGUGAGUUUGACGGUAAAAUGUCCGGGCAGCACGGCCUGGCAGUCUCUCUCUCUCUCUCUCUCUCUCUCUCUCUCUCUCUCUCUCUCUCUCUCUCUCUCUCUCUCUCUCUCUCUCUCUCUCUCUCUCCUCUCUCUCUCUCUCUCUCUCUCUCUCUCUCUCUCUCUCACACUCUCUCUCUCUCUCUCUCUCUUUCUCUUUGUCUCUCUCUAUCUCUCUUCUAUGGAGUCAUCUGUCAUGGUGCCGUGAGAUAGCAGCCCAACCAUCCCAAAGUUUCCACUGCCUUCAUUAACAUUGAUAAACUUAGAGAGGGAGUACGUUUUUGAAAAGCUUGGAGGUCAUUUACAAAGUUUGAAAUACUCUGAGGGUGAAAGCUCAGGGGCCCUGCCUGUGUCUGUGAACAUUAGUAGUACUGUCUAUUUGAUCAAUCAUGAAUCAUAUAGACUUAUAGAAGGUUAUACAGAGUUAUACAUGAAUGUGUAGCAUUACAUUAACAACCACUGUGCAAGGACACACUGUAUAUUGAUCUGUAUUAAUAAGUGUUGGCCUGAACUUUGCAUUAGUUUAGGGAUUUGAGAUGCGGACAUGCGGAAAGUCAAUAUCUGGUUGGUAUGAAGUUAAAGGGAUAGUCCACGUAUUUUAAUUAACCUCCACAGAGUAGUUUAUUAGCUGGUGGAAUGUAAGGUCGCAGUAUAGUGCAAGAGAUUUUUUUGACUCAACCAAAGUCCUGUUUUUCAAAUUUUCCCAAAACUUUUAACAGUUUUAUUGAAACGAUAGAUACAAAUGAACAGGGAGAUGGAUAAAGGGAAGACAGUGUGAAGACCGUUGGGGCCAGGAUUCGAUCCCAUGCAGGCAGGUUGUGCAGAGGGCAGUGGGUUUAACCGCUCGACCAACCUUAGGCACAACCAAGGUCUUCUAAUAAUCAAUAUUUUCUAUGCCCUGUUUCAGUUCCUGAUGACGUCUUUGCUCCUAACUAUGUCUGGAAGGGUUCAUACAACUACAAGGGAAGAAAACAACCAAUGACUCUGAGUAUCACAAGCUUUAACGCCACCACGGGAAGGGUUAACGUCACCUUGACCAAUAGCAACAUGGAACUGCUGCUUUCAGGUACGCUGUCCGCAUUUCACACCAUAUUACACAGAGAGGAGAUGCUUGGGAAGGUCUCUAGCCCCCCUCUAGCCCCCCCUCUAUCGUUCCAUUUCUCCAAACGUCACAUUUAGAAGUUAAGGGUUAAGUUUAGGCACUCAGCCCGAAUGGAUAAAGUAAGGGUUAAGGUUUGGGAUAGGGUUAAAACAAAAAAUGUAAAACCAGUCUCCACGACUGGGAUCGAUCCAGAGUCAUGGGAUUACCCCCGUCCACAACGCCCUAGCAAAACCCAAGGCUACUUGGUGGUAAUAGCGCUCACUGUUGCCCCGAGUCGCCGGUUUUGAAGGCAUUUCCCGACGUUCUCAGGACAUCCAAUCCAAUUUCGAUGUCAAUCUUGAACGACCUGGCUGAUGAUCCCGAUGACUCAUUUAUUUUACAUAUUCGUUUUUUGGGGGUGUUUUCACAUAGGCGUCCCUAAAUAUAAAAAAUAUUCAGUCCCUUAAUGUACUUCAUUAAUAUAGCCUAAUGGACGUGUAAAAUCUCCCCCCCCCCAUUUCUCUUAAAUGAAAUAUUAAUCAGAUCUGACAAAUAUUUGACAGAUUUACCAUAAUUAUCCGGAGUGUCGAGGCCCCUUUUCCCUUUCCCCCCUCGCUCAUUCCCCCCUUGCUCUUUCCCCCCUUGCUCUUUCCCCCCUCGCUCUUUCCCCCCUCGUUUCUCCACGAAUGCCUUUAGCCCCAGCUGACAUGUCAUUUACAUCAUCUAAUUAAUAUUCUCCAUUUAAAUUGGACUGGGAAUUACCCAGCCGUCGCCAAUUAUGACUUAGACAGGUGAAUGAAGAACUAUUCAUUCACAUACUCAUUGAGAAGAAAUGGCCUUGUCUGGGAGAUAUAGGGAUCACAAUGUAAUCGUAACGCUGAGGCGAGGGAGGCAGCCAUUUUGUGUUUUUAAUAACAGCUUAUUAUACAUUUAGAGAGGCCAGGCAAUGGAUUGGGUGUGUUAAUUGAAUGUGUCUUAUUACUGCCACUGUGUACAUCAGUCAGUUCACCUGCAGCUGCAGCGGUGGCGAAGGGCCAGGACCUCUGAGAGGCCUUAAUAUGGUGCUCCCUUUCUUUGCCUUCAAUUGCAGGAGGCAGUUAGAAAUAGGAAGUACAGUUGAUGAGUGUUCCACUGCUGUAAAUUGCUUCAUGGUUAAAGAAUAUGGCUCACUGAGUAUUCAUAUCACCUGCUUUCAUUUUCCAGACAGACAGACAGACAGAAAAACAGACAAUGAGAUAGGAGAGGGAAACAAUCAUCAUGGGGUCAUUGUCUGUGAUCGUCUCCCCUGAGUACCACCAGUUAUAUCAGUGUUGUGCCCUGGUCUCACAUCGACCCUCUUGUCCCCCUCUAUUCUGUUGUGCUGCAGGUGUCUAUAAGAGCCAAGAAGCACGGUUGAUGCUGCUCAUGUACCAUGUGAAAACGUCCACUCACACCACGCUGGGCAAGGAGGAGACAUGGUCCAUGGACGGUUUUGUAAGUUUACCGUUUCUUACUAACAGGAAGGAUUUGUGGAAUUGACACAUUUACAUCUACAUGUUAGUCAUUUAGCAGACGCUAGCGACUUACAUACAGUGCAUUUGGAAAGUACUCAGACCCCUUCCCUUUUUCCACAUUUUGUUACGUUACAGCCUUAUUUACAUAAAUAUUCAGACCCUUUGUAUGAGACUCAAAAUUGAGCUCAGGUGCAUCCUGUUUCCAUUGAUCAUCCUUGAGAUGUUUCUACAACUUGGAGUCCACCUGUGGUAAAUUCAGUUGAUUGGACAUGAUUUGGAAAGGCACACACCUGUCUAUAUAAGGUCCCACAGUUGACAGUGCAUGUCAGAGCAAAAACCAAGCAAUGGAAUUGUCCGUAGAGCUCCGAGACAGGAUUGUGUCGAGGCACAGAUCUGAGGAAGGGUACUAAAACGUCUGCAGCAUUGAAGGUCACCAAGAGCACAGUGGCCUCCAUCAUUCUUAAAUGGAAGAAGUUUGGAACCACCAAGACUCUUCCUAGAGCUGGCAGCCUGGCCAAACUGAGCAAUUGGGGGAGAAGGGCCUUGUUCAGGAAGGUGACCCGAUGGUCACUCUGACAGAGCUCCAGAGCUCCUCUGUGGAGAUGGGAGAACCUUCCAGAAGGACAACCAUCUCUGCAGCACUCCACCAAUCAGGCCUUUAUGGUAGAUUGUCCAGACGGAAGCCACUCCUCAGUAAAAGGCACAUGACAGCCCGCUUGGAGUUUGCCAAAAGGCACCUAAAGGACUCUCAGACCAUGAGAAACAAGAUUCUUUGGUCUGAUGAAACUAAGAUUGAACUCUUUAGCCUGAAUGCCAAGCGUCACGUCUGGAGGAAACAUGGAACCAUCCCUAAGGUGAAGCAUGGUGGUGGCAGCAUCAUGCUGUGGGGAUGUUUUUCAGCGGCAGGGACUGGGAGACUAGUCAGGAUCGAGGGAAAGAUGAACGGAGCAAAGGAUAACCUUGAUGAAAACCUGCUCCAGAGCGCUCAGGAUCUCAGACUAGGGUGAAGGUUCACCUUCCAACAGGACAUCGACCCUAAGCACACAACAAAGACAACGCAGGAGUGGCUUUGGGACAAGUCUCUGAAUGUCCUUGAGUGGCCCAACCAGAGCCCAGACUUGAACCAGAUUGAGCAUCUCUGGAGAGACCUGAAAAUAGCUGUGCAGCGACGCUCCCCAUCCAACCUGACAGAGCUUGAGAGGAUCUGCAGAGAAGAAUGGGAGAAACUCCCCAAAUACAGGUGUGCCAAGCUUGUAGUGUCAUACCCAAGAAGACGCAAGGCUGUAAUCGCUGCCAAAGUUGCUUCAACAAAGUACUGAGUAAAGGGUCUGAAUACUUAUGUAAAUGUGAUAUUUCCUGGGUUUUUUAUAUACAUUUGCAAAAAAAUCUAAAAACCUGUUUUGUGUAGAUUGAUGAGGGGGGAGAACUAUUUAAUCAAUUUUAGAAUAAGGCUGUAACGUCACAAAAUGUGGAAAAAGUCAAGGGGUCUGAAUACUUUCCGAAUGCACUGUAUCUUAAUAACCAUCUGACGUGGUGUAAUAAUGUUGAAAUUGACAUUUGUUAGACAUAUCAAUGGACAUUUGUUAGACAUAUCAAUGGACAUUUGUUAGACAUAUCAAUGGACAUUUGUUAUACAUUGUUACUUCAUGUUUAUUACAAAAUGGCCUCAAAUGCAGUCCUUGUUUUGUAUUUUGUAAAAAUACAAUUCUGAAAAGUUAGAUUUGUCCUUUAAAACGUAACCUCAUAGUGAAAAGUACCAUUCAAAGAAAUGACUGACUGACUGACUCACUGACUGACUGACUGACCGACCGACACACUGAAUGACUAACUAACUGACUGACUGACCAUAUCUGUCUCCCUGUAUUCUCCUAGGUGUCUGCAGAACCUGACGGUGCCACUUACGUCUUUCAAGGCUUCAUACAGGGUAGAGACUACGGCCAGUUUGGACUUCAGAGGCUAGGUAAACAUCUCCACAUUGUUUUUAUAUCAGCUUUCUCAAUGUCAAUAAUAUUGUGUCAUUUCAGUAUAUAGAAAUGAAACAUGUAUGUAAUAGAUAUUUGAUAUAGGCCAAAAGGUGAGUGUGAGAAUAUUCAUGUUGUUCCUAUGUCUCCUCUCCCACACAGGUUUGAACAUGUCAGAAAGUAAUAACUCGUCCAAUCCACCUCACGGUACAAACAGUAGCUCUGUGGCCAUAGCAAUCCUUGUGCCUUUUUUCGCCCUGAUAUUUGCAGGCUUCGGAUUUUAUCUUUACAAACAGAGGUAAGUGUACCUAUCUACCACCAGCUAAUUUUAUACUGUGGGCUGAAUUCACAGUAAAGGCCACAUACAGAUGUAGGAUCUUAAGUUGAUCACCCUGUUGCAGGAUAACUUUCCUGCAAUACAGGACAUUUUAAACGUGUAGUGUAUUUGAUGUUUAAAAAGGCUUCUGAAGUUUUUAAUUUCCACUUAGACAUUUUUUACUUGAAAAAUUACACAUUUUUGUCACGGUCGAGGUAAGGAGUAGACCAAGGCGCAGCGUGAUGAACAAACAUGACUUUAAUUAGUUAAAGCACGAAACAAAACAAGAAACGACUCGUGACGUCCACGGUAUCAAUGACCGAACACGGAACAAAAACCCACAACCACAAAGGGAAAACAUACAGUUUAAAUAUGGCUCCCCAAUCAGAGACAACCAGCCAACAGCUGACACUCGUUGCCUCUGAUUGGGAGUCACUCAGGCAAACAUAGAAUACAACACAUAGAAAUGAACACACCCUGGCUCAACAUAAUGAGUCCCAGAGCCAGGGUGUGACAGUACCCCCCCCCUAAAGGCGCGGACUGCGACCGCGCCUCAACUAAACAAACCAGGGGAGGGCUGGGCGGGCAUACCUCCUCGGCGGUGGUUCUGGCUCCGGCCUUGACCACCACCCUCCAAUACACCCCCCAUAGUGCCCCUGGUCCAGUCUGGCCCCGCCGGCUGGAGCAGGACUGGACUUAACAGGAGCGAUCCUUACCAGGCUGUCGACUCGCACCCCUGGCUUGGUGCGUGGAGGAGGAACGAGCCUUACCAGGCUGACGACUCGCACCCCUGGCUUGGUGCGUGGAGGAGGGACGGGCCUUACCAGGCUGACGACGCGCACCCCUGGCUUUGUGCGUGGAGGAGGAACGGGCCUUACCAGGCUGACGACUCGCACCCCUGGCUUGGUGCGUGGAAGAGGGACGGGCCUUACCAGGCUGACUUCUCGCACCCCUGGCUUAGUGCGAGUGGCAGGAACAGGCCGGACCGGGCUGGCGACGCGCACCGUAGGUUUGGUGCGAGUGGCAGGAACAGGCCGGGUCGGGCUGGCGACGCGCACCGUAGACUUGGUGCGGGUGGCAGGAACAGGCCGGACCGGGCUGGCGACGCGCACCGUAGGUUUGGUGCGAGUGGCAGGAACAGGCCGGGUCGGGCUGGCGACGCGCACCGUAGGCUUGGUGCGUGGAGCAGGGACAGGCUGGGCUGGGCUGUCGACGCACACCGUAGGCUUGGUGCGUGGAGCAGGGACAGGCCGGGCUGGGCUGUCGACGCACACCGUAGGCUUGGUGCGUGGAGCAGGGACAGGCCGGACUGGGCUGGCGACGCACACCGUAGGCUUGGUGCGUGGAGCAGGGACAGGCCGAACCGGGCUGUGGAGACGGAUAGGAGGCCUGGAGUGAAGAGCGGCCAACACCCGUCCUGGCUGAAUGCCUACCCUCACACACUCUGUGUGAGGCAUCCGCACAGGACGUACAGGGCGGUGUACCCCUGGCCUGGUGGCCUUCUGGAUCCGCCCCCUUUUCUCCUCCGUCAGCCCCGUCGUCCAUGCCGUGUGCCCCCCCCUAAAAAUUUUCUGGGGUUGCCUCACGACUGUCCGACGACGACCCUGAUCACGCCGUAGCUCCUCUCUACGGCGCGCCUCCACCGUCUCUUCUCCCGGCGCUUCCUCCCAUGUCCAGCCCAAGAGCUGCCCCUGGACACGCUGCUUGGUCGUUGCAUGGUGGGUUUUUCUGUCACGAUCGUCAGGGAGAGACCAAGGCGCAGCGUGAUGAACAAACAUGACUUUAAUUAGUUAAAGCACGAAACAAAACAAGAAACGACUCGUGACGUCCACGGUAUCAAUGACCGAACACGGAACAAAAACCCACAACCACAAAGGGAAAACAUACAGUUUAAAUAUGGCUCCCCAAUCAGAGACAACCAGCCAACAGCUGACACUCGUUGCCUCUGAUUGGGAGUCACUCAGGCAAACAUAGAAUACAACACAUAGAAAUAAACACACCCUGGCUCAACAUAAUGAGUCCCAGAGCCAGGGUGUGACAAUUUUUUACUAUGAAAAAUGUCUCAACCCCUACAAAAAUGUCCAUUAACAUACCCCAACCAGAAGCCAUGGAUUACAGGAAACAUCCGCACUGAGCUAAAGGGUAGAGCUGCCGCUUUCAAGGAGCGGGACUCUAACCCGGACGUUUAUAAGAAAUCCCACUAUGCCCUCUGACGAACCAUCAAACAGGCAAAGAGUCAAUACAGGACUAAGAUUGAAUCAUACUACACCGUCUCUGACGCUCGUAGGAUGUGGCAGGGCAUGAAAACUAUUACAGACUACAAAGGGAAGCACAGCCGUGAGCUGCCCAGUGACACAAGACUUCCAGACGAGCUAAACCACUUCUAUGCUCGCUUCGAGGCAAGCAACACUGAAGCAUGCAUGAGAGCACCGCUGUUCCGGAUGAAUAUGUGAUCACGCUCUCCGUAGCCGACUUUUAAGCAGGUCAACAUUCACAAGGCCGCAGGGCCAGACGGAUUACCAGGACGUGUACUCCGAGCAUGUGCUGACCAACUGGCAAGUGUCUUCACUGACAUUUUCAACAUGUCCCUGACUGAGUCUGUAAUACCAACAUGUUUCAAGCAGACCACCAUAGUCCCUGUGCCCAAGGACACUAAGAUAACCUGCCUAAAUGACUACCGACCCGUAGCACUGACGUCUGUAGCCAUGAAGUGCUUUGAAAGGCUGGUCAUGACUCACAUCAACACCAUUUUCCCAGAAACCCUAGACCCACUCCAAUUUGCAUACCGCCCCAACAGAUCCACAGAUGAUGCAAUAUCUAUUGCACUCCACACUGCCCUUUCCCACCUGGACAAGAGGAACACCUACGUGAGAAUGCUAUUCAUUGACUACAGCUCAGCAUUCAACACCAUAGUGCCCUCAAAGCUCAUCACUAAGCUAAGGAUCCUGGGACUAAACACCUCCCUCUGCAACUGGAUCCUGGACGUCCUGAUGGGCCGCCCCCAGGUGGUAAGGGUAGGUAACAACACAUCUUCCACACUCAUACUCAACACGGGGGCCCCUCAGUGGUGCGUGCUCAGUCCCCUCCUGUACUCCCUGUUCACCCAUGACUGCCUGGCCAGGCACGACUCCAACACCAUCAUUAAGUUUGCCGACGACACAACAGUGGUAGGCCUGAUCACCGACAAUGAUGAGACAGCCUAUAGGGAGGAGGUCAGAGACCUGGCCGUGUGGUGCCAGGAUAACAACCUCUCCCUCAACGUGACCAAGACAAAGGAGAUGAUUAUGGACUACAGGAAAAAAAAGAGGACUGAGCACGCCCCCAUUCUCAUCGACGGGGCUGUAGUGGAACAGGUUGAGAGCUUCAAGUUCCUUGGUGUCCACAUCACCAACUAAAUAUCAUGGUCCAAACACACCAAGACAGUCGUGAAGAGGGCACGACAAAGCCUAUUCCCCCUCAGGAGACUGAAAAGAUUUGGCAUGGGUCCUCAGAUCCUCAAAAAAUUCUACAGCUGCACCAUCGAGAGCAUCCUGACUGGUUGCAUCACGGCCUGGUAUGGCAACUGUUCGGCCUCCGACCACAAGGCACUACAGAGGGUAGUGCGUACGGCCCAGUACAUCACUGGGGCCAAGCUUCCUGCCAUCCAGGACCUCUAUACCAGGCGGUGUCAGAGGAAGGCCCUCAAAAUUGUCAAAGACUCCAGCCACCCUAGUCAUAGACUGUUCUCUCUGCUACCGCACGGCAAGCGGUACCGAAGUGCCAAGUCUAGGUCCAAAAGACUUCUCAACAGCUUCUACCCCCAAGCCAUAAGACUCCUGAACAGCUAAUCAUGGCUACCCAGACUAUUUGCACUGCCCCCCCACCCCCACCCCAUCUUUUUACGCUGCUGCUACUCUGUUAAUUAUUUAUGCAUAGUCACUUUAACUCUACCCACAUGUACAUAUUACUUCAACUACCUCAACUAGCCGGUGCCCCCGCACAUUGACUCUGCACCGGUACCCCCCUGUAUAUAUAGCCUCCCUACUGUUAUUUUAUUUUACUUCUGCUCUUUUUUUCUCAACACUUUUUUUGUUGUUGUUUUAUUUUACUUUUUUAUUUAAAAUAAAUGCACUGUUGGUUAAGGGCUGUAAGUAAGCAUUUCACUGUAAUGUCUGCACCUGUUGUAUUCGGCGCAUGUGGCCAAUAAAAUGUUAUUUGAUUAAUUAUAAUCCACAUAAUAAUUCGCAUUUCUUGUUACCGCAGGAUUAUUUUCCUACUGUAGUAAACUGGCUCAAAUUAAGAUCCUACAUCUGUACUGUGCUACUGUGUCAGGAUCUAUAGCAGGGGUGUCAAACUCCACGGAGGGCCUAGUGUUUGCGGGUUUUUGGUUUUUCCUUUCAAUUAAGACCUAGAUAACCAGGUGAGGGGAGUUCCUUACUCAUUAGUGACCUUAAUUCAUCAAUCAAGUACAAGGGAGGAGCGAAAACCCGCAGACACUCGGCUCUCCGUGGAAUGAGUUUUACACGUGAUCUAUAGCGUUUGUUUGACAUACGGGUUGCUGUUAUUCACGUAUAAAACCAUGAACCAUUGCUGUGUCCUCCACAGGUCUUCUCUUAAAACCCAGUACAUCUUAGAUAGGCUACAUGUUGACUUAUACUGACUCUUGUUCUCCAUUGAGUCUGAACCAUGUCUUUGCCCCUAUCUAGGUCUACUCCUAAAACCCAGUACACAGGCUGCUCCGUCCACGAGAACAACAACGGACAGGCGGCCUUCGAGAACCCCAUGUACAACACCAGCGCCAAGUCGGUGGAAGGCAAAGCUGUCCGGUUCGACCCCAACCUGAACACAGUCUGCACAAUGGUA